AUGCUGCUGCUACAACUACUGUUACUACUACUACUACUUCUACUUCUACUGCAGUUACAGCUGCUACCACUGCUACGCAACUUUAUACACUUAGACAACUCUGUAAACAAAUUUGGCACAAAGUGUGCAUUGAAUGGUAAAUUUACUAAUUACAGAUAUUCACUCCAUGAUGUUGUUAGCAUGUUAGAAGAUGAAAAAGAUUUUUUUUCAGCAGAUAUCAUUAUGCUACCACCUGAUGAUCCCAACUGUUCAGAUCAAGAUAGUGGUCCUGAGGAUGGGGAAGGAAUUAUUGACAAUUUAUCAAAAACUUUAUUGAAUUCAAAUGCUGAAGCAUUAAUUUCCAACAUUGAGGCAGGCAAAGAAAUGCUUCAGAAAGAAGAAAUUGAUAUGCAAAUACAAACACCAUUAAAAAAAAGAGUGAAAAAAAGUAUAUCAAUUGAAAGAAAUUGGAAGAAGAGUGACAUUUUGAAUGUAGAACCCAUACCAGUGUUUUCUGAAAAUAGAGAAUUUGAGAAUUCAUCUCCUCACACUCUGUUUAAAUUAUUUUUUGAUGAUGAAAUAAUCAAAUUCAUCACUGACAUGUCUAAUUUAUAUGCUAAAGAUCUGAAAAGAAAAUCAGUAAACCGUAACGUUGAAAAUGCAAUAAAAUUUGAUGGAAAAGACCAUUUCAUUGGAAAAAUUUCGGAUGGACGAAAAAGAUGUAAAUUGUGCCACAAGAAAGUAUCAAAGAAAUGUUUAAAAUGUGAUGUUGCCCUACACUUGGAAUGCUUUGAACAUUUUCACAGGAAAUGA